AUACUCUCUCUUGUGUGAAAUGCGAAAUCUUCUAAAAACAUAACCUCUUUGAGAUCAUUUGAUGGCGUAUGUAGUUAAUUUAUAAUCGAGCUGAUCCGCCGAUCUGGUGUCAAUACUUAUUGGUUUCGUUUUCCAACGAUUUGGUGUUCGCCAGAAUUUCAAUUGAAAUCCAUAGCCUUCUGAAAAUAGAACAGAGGGCUAUGUGAAAUCCGAUAAUAUUAAUAAAAAAAGUAAAAUAAAAUUGGGGAGUGUGUAUAAAGAUAGUGUCCCCAAAGCCGCGACCCCACACUAUAUUUAGGCUAAAGAGAGAAGAUACUGGAAGUCUAAUAUGUAUUUCAAGAGUUUAGUCAGGGGGAGAAAUGUCUCUGGUGGACAACGGGAUGUUGAAGGCAAAAGCACAAAUACCUUUAGUUCACUACUGAAACAAGCCCUACCAGACCAGUCACAUGAGAAGAAGCGUUUCAAGAUAGGAGUUGUCUCACUCGUGCUGGUGACGAUAUAUCUAAUCCGCGAAUGGCUUACAGGAGGUUUAAAGCUGAACGCAAUAUUAGACGCCACUGCACAAUCCCACUCGGAUACACCUGUUAAACCCAGAUCUUUUCUUUACACUGAACAAGUGAAAUCCUGGGGCGAGCUCAAAGGCAGCCAGUGCAACUCUGGAAAGCAUCAGUCGCCGAUCAACGUAAAGAUAUCUGAUGUAAAGCAAGAUGUGCGCAAACGUGUGCAGUUGUCACCCAAGUGUGAGAUCCAGGACUAUACUUUAGUCAAUAAGGGCUUCCAACUGGUCAUACAACCUCCUUCUGGUACUACAUACUUUGACGACUGUGUGCUGACUACGCCUGAUGGACGCACAUGCAAGUUACUUCAGGGGCAUAUGCACACAUCCAGCGAACACUUGCUCGAUGGCAGCUUAUUUGACAUGGAGGCACAUCUGGUGCAUGUGUGUGACGAUGAUACAUUGGCUGUGUAUGGCCUAUUUUUCAAUGUGCUGUCGCGCGAUACGACAGAAGAUCCUGGGACUACAUGGUUGCGUUCCUUAGGUGGAUACCAAUUUAAUGAUUGGUCUCAUGAGGUCGACAUGCAUCUUCCUGUCGAGAAGACUAUUGACCUGUAUGAGAUGGUUUCCAGAGGUGUUGAGGGUGUUGAAGAUGGUGCAAACCCUAUAUAUUCAUAUGAAGGAAGCCUUACUACACCUCCAUGUACCGAGGUGGUCACUUUCUUUCUUCAGAUGAACGAGUUGGGUAUGAGCCACAGGCAGUACAAGGCUUUGUCGCAUAGGCUGAUAAUGGAUACUGAGGACAGCUACCCUGUGAACAACCGCAAGCCGCAGGCCCUGAACGACAGAGUGGUUUAUGUGCAAUGAUACGCUAGUAUAGGUUUAGAAAGGCAUGCUAACGCAUAUUCAUUGUUCAUGUUAUGUACAACAAAAAUUAUUAAAGACGACUUAUUUUCUCCAACA